GUCGGAACCGGCGGGGGCGGAGCCGAGCGGGCGGGGGCGGUGCUGGGUCGCGCCGGGCCUGGGGCCGAGGCGGCGCGCGGCGCUGACAGCUGAGUCGGCUCGCGGCCUCCCGGCCCCCUCGGCGCCCGGCUCCGACCCCGGCCUCGCCUGCCCCGGAGCCAUGAGCCCCGGGCUACUGCUGCUCGGCACCGCCGUCCUGCUUGCCUUCGGCCUCUGCUGCACCUUCGUGCACCGCGCUCGCAGCCGCUACGAGCACAUCCCCGGGCCGCCGCGGCCCAGCUUCCUUCUAGGACACCUCCCCUACUUUUGGAAAAAGGACGAAGUUUGUGGCCGAGUGCUCCAAGAUGUGUUUUUGGAUUGGGCUAAGAAGUACGGACCUGUCGUGCGGGUCAACGUCUUCCACAAGACCUCCGUCAUCGUCACGAGCCCUGAGUCGGUGAAGAAGUUCCUGAUGUCAACCAAGUACAACAAGGACUCCAAAAUGUACCGUGCGCUGCAGACCGUGUUUGGUGAGAGACUGUUCGGCCAGGGCUUGGUGUCCGAAUGCAACUACGAGCGUUGGCACAAACAGCGCAGGGUCAUGGAUCUGGCCUUCAGCCGAAGCUCCUUGGUUAGCUUGAUGGAAACGUUCAACGAAAAGGCCGAGCAGCUGGUGGAGAUUCUAGAAGCCAAGGCGGAUGGGCAGACCCCGGUAUCCAUGCAGGACAUGCUGACCUGCACCACCAUAGACAUCCUGGCCAAGGCAGCUUUCGGAAUGGAGACUAGCAUGCUGCUGGGUGCCCAGAAGCCUCUGUCCCAGGCAGUGAAGCUCAUGUUGGAGGGUAUCACCGCAUCCCGCAACACGCUGGCAAAGUUUAUGCCGGGGAAGAGGAAGCAGCUCCGCGAGAUCCGGGAGAGCAUCCGCUUCCUGCGCCAGGUCGGCAAGGACUGGGUCCAGCGCCGCAGGGAGGCCCUGAAGAGGGGCGAGGACGUCCCGGCCGACAUCCUCACGCAGAUUCUCAAAGCUGAAGAGGGGGCCCAGGACGACGAGAUUCUGCUGGACAACUUCGUCACCUUCUUCAUUGCUGGAAGCCUGGGAGGACUGCAGUACCUGUCCCAGGUGCUCAAAGAGUCACUGAGGCUGUACCCGCCGGCGUGGGGCACCUUUCGGCUGCUGGAAGAGGAGACCUUGAUUGACGGGGUCAGAGUCCCUGGCAACACCCCGCUCUUGUUCAGCACCUACGUCAUGGGGCGGAUGGACAGGUACUUUGAGGACCCGCUGACUUUCAACCCCGAUCGCUUCGGCCCAGACGCGCCCAAGCCACGGUUCACCUACUUCCCCUUCUCCCUGGGCCAUCGCUCCUGCAUCGGGCGGCAGUUCGCUCAGAUGGAGGUCAAGGUGGUCAUGGCCAAGCUGCUGCAGAGGCUGGAGUUCCGGCUGGUGCCCGGGCAGCGCUUCGGCCUCCAGGAGCAGGCCACGCUCAAGCCGCUGGACCCUGUGCUCUGCACCCUGCGGCCCCGGGGCUGGCAGCCUGCUCCCCCACCGCCGCCCUGCUGAGGGGCCCCAGGCAGGAUGAGACUUCUCGGGCCAGGGCCGCGCCCGCCCUCCUCUCUGCCCCGUCCCCCAGCCACCCUCCACGCUGGCUCCCAGGGGGGCCCUGCCAGCCACCUGCUUCACGCCCCCAGCGCUCCCUGUCGCCUGCUGACUCCAUGGCCUGUCCUGGACUAGCCCUUGCCUAGCCCCCAGCCGCCAGCUUCGUCUCUCCCCAACCUCCAAACCUUUGCACCGGCCUCCUCCUCUGCCAAGACGCCCUAACUCUUGCUCACUCCCUAAAGCCCUCUUCAGGUGUCACCUCCUCCAGGAAGCCCUCCCUGCCACCCCCGGCUGGGCCAGGGGCCCCUCCUCCCUCAGUCGUCACCUGUGCUACCUCUAACACCACUGACCACACUGUAUCGUGAGUGUCUGUCGAUAUGACCAACGGUCCUGCCUGGCCGCGAGGGCCGCAAGGGCAGGGUCUGCGUGUGACUCGUCUCUGAGUCCCCUGUGCCCACCAGGGCCUGGCACAGAGUCGAUGCUCAAUAAAUGUGUGUUGACUGCAUGGAUGAACAGUGGAA